AUGUCCAGCUGGUGGGCGGGCGCGCGCAGGCCAGCGGGCGGCGAGGGCAAGAGACCCUCCCUCCUGGCCUUGUCCUUGGGCGCCGCGCACAGACCACGCGCGCUAAGCCCGUCUCGCUCGCCAGCGUCGGGGCCAUUCAUUCUCUCACGACAUUCGCACGCUCGAUUCUCCACUGCCAUUCUGACUCCCAUACCGCACCACGCCCCCGUUGCCCUCACCAGCCUGCCCUCCAUCUGCUCUGCUAACGUCGCAGCCGCUGCCGCCAUCCGCCUCGACGGCCACGAUACCGACCCGGCCUGCCAGAUUAUGACAGACGUCUCGGCGGUUCAGGCGUAUGCUGACCCUCAGCCGGCUCCCCUCGCCCUCUACGCUGGUCCUCCGCCACCCGCCUUUGCCCAAGCUUCUCCACCCCUAGACGGCGUCGUUGAAGAGGAAGAAUCGUCCACAAUCAAGUGCAUCUGCGGCUACGCCGACGACGAUGGCAACACGGUGCUGUGCGAGAAGUGCGACACGUGGCAGCACAUUGUAUGCUACUACGAGUCUGCACAGCAUGUGCCCGACGUGCACGAGUGCGCAGACUGCUUGCCGCGCCUGGUCGACGCAAAGAGCGCCUCGGAGAAGCAACGCAUCCGACGAGAGAUGCACAACAUUGGCGAGCGCAAAGGCCGGCCAAAGGCGUCUGCAAAGAACCCCAAGAAGCGCCCAAAGGACUCGCUCGUGCCAAUGCAGGCCAAUGCCUGGCCUACGCAAACCAACGGCGACCUACACUAUCCCCCUGACCGCAAGAGCGGAAGCCCACGAGACCAGCCUCCGCCAAACAAGCGGCCCAAGACUAACCAUCGCUCCUCUGCGUCUAUGAGCAUGGUUAGCCAAGCGCCAGCUCUUGCGCCCACAUCACGCAAGCGAGGCGCGUCUAUCCUGCUCAACGGCCACAGCCCCGUCAAGUCACCAUCGCAUCCCGACGGUCCCGUCGAGGAUUACUCGUACGAGUUUAUGCAUCUCUACCGCCAGCCUGAGCCGCCUUCUGCAGAGUCCAACUCGUACACGCGCAUCGAUGUUGCCAACGACAUCGCCAUGUGGCUUCAAGACCCAGAAGCGCUCGCAGAGGCAAGCGGAGGCAAGAAGCCACAGGACAUUUUUUCACGCAUUGACAGCACCAUACAGGAUCUCGAAACCAAAACUGCGCCAGAAAUCGUGAAACAGACAGAUGUCGACUCGGCUAUACUAGCGCAUGGCCUUCACCCUCAGUGGCACUUUAUUACAGCCGAGACACCAGUCCCUGACGGAGGUUACGUAGGCGAACUCAAGGGUCUCAUCGGCCGCAAAACCGACUACUAUUCAGAUCCGUCAAAUCGAUGGGAUCUCCUGCGACAUCCCGAACCAUUUGUCUUUUUCCCUCCCCACCUACCCAUCUACAUUGACACACGGCGCGAAGGCAACAUACUCCGAUACGCCAGAAGGAGCUGUAACCCCAACAUGUCCAUGAAGAUUUUGAUCGACUCGAGCAACGACUACCACUUUAGCUUCCUCGCAACCCGAGAAAUCAGCCCUGGAGAAGAACUCACCGUCGGCUGGGACAUUGACUCUGAGGUACAAAAGCAACUGGCCAAGGUCGUCACCAACGGCGCCAAAGAGGGCUUCAGGAAGAUCCAGCCUUGGGUGUCUUGUGUCCUCGCAAACUUUGGCGGUUGUGCUUGUGACAUUUCAAACGGCAACGAGUGCCUUUUGGAGCGAGCCCGUCGCAACAAUCCCGUCGCAGAGUCAGCCAAGACCAAAGGCAAGAAGAUGAAGAAAUCUCAAACGUCCCCUACAAGUACUGGCCAUGCAACCAACAGCCGUGCAGGCAGCGAAUUGGCCAACCGCGACAUUGUUGACGACGACCAAAUGGACGCCCGCUCUACGUCUGGCUCCCACAAAUCAAGCAGUCGCGACAUUACACCGGCAACCCAUGUUUCCCUGGAUGGCGACCUCAAACUAUCGGAGCGUGAGAAGAGGAAGAUCCAGCACCAGGAGCUCUUGUUCCAGAAGCUCGAUCACGACGAGCACAAGGGAAAGAGGAAGCGCACCAGCGCUGGAUCUAACCUCAACACACCCAACAUUUCAUCUUCUAGACGCUCCGGAAACCCCGAGCCUUCGCCGUCUGCUCGUCAUCGGGAACACAGCCACGGUGUGGCCCGCAAGACUUCGGGUAGCUCUAUAAAGACAAACGGGCGUGCACCGGCCAGACCGAAACCCGUCUAUGUGGAUGCGUCGACGCAGACGGCACAGGAUGACGGUGCAAAGCCACUGGUUUGCAUCAAGCCGCGCCAGUUGAAGCCCCCAAUGUCUUUCAAGCGCAAACUUUUACAGCAGGCUCAAGAGGAUAAGCUGCAACGCGAACGAAUGCGGUCGACAUCUGUGAAGAUGGAAGUCCGAUCCCCGGCUCUGAAAGACGUGUCGUCAAACAAACCCUCUCCACUGCCACCAUCGCCACCGCUCGAGGAGCCUUCUGCAAUGGAUACAUCGGCCGAGCCUGUACCUGACACGAGGCAGCACAAGGAACUCACUCCCGCCAAGGAGCCCUCGCCCCAGCCUACUGUAGAUGUUGAGAUGACGGAUUCUGAAGUCGCUGCUCCCAAGCUUCCAGAGCCAAAGACUGAGGAGCUGCCUGACGCACCUAGACCCCAGACUCCGCGCGAAACCUCUUGUCCACCCAAUCACCCAUCUGCUCCGCCGUGGUCGGCCUCAAUACCGACCGAACAAUCACCAAAGUCGACAGCAGAAUUCCCACCUCAAUCUGCUGACAUGGAAGUCGAAACUCCUGUAAAGCAGGAUUCGGCCAGUGUAGUUAACAAUACCCCCACCACUUCUGCAUCGAGCUCUGCGCCCGUAACCGAGAAUGCCGCUGCGCCCUCUCCAGCCGCAUCAACGAUUGCGUCGCCCUUCUCCCCUGCUGUCAACAGUGCCGUCAAGGCAACGCCAGCACGCAAAAAGCUCAGUCUAAGUGAUUACACCAAUCGCAACCGCAAGACCAAGUUGGCUCAGACACAGUCGACCGGUUCAAAUGCCACGCCGCCACUGACUACAUCGCAAUCCACAAGCUCUCCAACGCUAUCGACAGCCAGUCUUCCAAACACAAACUCUCCACCGCCCAAGGCUGUGGAACCUGUCCUGGCACCCGUAGCAGAGGAGCCGAAGCCUACCGAGGUAUCCGUUGCACCUACUAUUGCGGCUACUUCUACUUCGAUAUGAGCGACAUGAUUCACGAUACCCCCCGCGCUUGUUUUGCAACCAGUUUUUACGGGCCGCCGGGCGACUCGCGUGGUUUCUCCUUCUCCUUUUUUUUUCGGAGUGUAAAAAUAUGUAAUGAUUAUAAGUCGAAUGAUUUUUCUUCCCACCCCC